AUGACGGAAGCGAUUGAUAACGAUAUGAAGUACGAGUUGUUGGGCUCCAGAAGCGGAACAAACCUGAGUUUAAGCCAUGCCAUCACUGACUCCAACUCCAACUCGUAUUACAUAACAAAAAAUAGCAUUCAUUCAAAUAUAGUGAUGCCUUCGGGCGAUACACCGCUCACUGAAACCGACAAGCCCACGAAAGUGAGCACCGGUUCCAACCUAUUGGUGCGCUGUUAUGGCAAAUACGGAUGUUUUUCAAUCGCAGAGCCCUUUUUGUCAAUCUAUAGACCGAUUAAUUUAUAUCCAAUUCCUGUCGAUAUAUUAAAAGUAGAGUUUCUUCUGAAGACUCGACGAAAUGCGGAAAAAUUCGAGAAAAUAAUUGCCAAAAAUGACGGCUCGUAUGAUAUACUGGACUUCAAUCCGAAAAAUGAUCUCAAAAUCAUAAUUCAUGGCUAUCUCGAGCAUGGAUUUCAAUCGUGGAUCAAAGACAUGUCAAUAGAGUUAUUGAGCAAAAGUGAUUACAAUAUCAUAAGCAUUGAUUGGAUGAUUGGCGCGAAUCCGCCGUACACUCAGGCCGUGGCCAACGCCAGACUCGUGGCCGCCAUCGCUGUGCAACUCUUGAAGUCGAUUCAAAAACAAUACGUGGAUUAUUCUGCCCUAAGAAUACACUUAAUUGGUCACAGUCUGGGCGCACACAUUGCCGGAUAUAUUGGCCAACGUUUUGCCGGUUUGGGCAGAAUUACCGGUCUAGACCCGGCUGAGCCCUACUUUCAAAACACUGAUCCAAGCGUUCGUUUGGAUAAAAGCGAUGCAAUGUUUGUCGAUGUCAUUCAUACGGACGCCUCAAGUAUUAUCACCGGUGGGUUCGGUAUGAGCCAGGGAUGCGGACACGUCGACUUCUAUCCCAAUGGAGGUUGGCGACAACCGGGUUGUAGCGAAACACCCCUUAAAACAGUUUUCGAUUCAAUUGGCAAAGAGAGGAAUGUCAUCCACGGUCCAUUCAUGGCAUACGAGUGCUCGAGUUAUGAUGAAUUCGCUUCAGGUCUCUGUACUAAAGGCAAGAAUUCGUGUCCAUUCAGUCAUCAACUAUUGGAUAACAAUAGUCACAGCAAUAGAACCGAUCGAAACGAUUUACAGUCUUUACAGCCUUUACAGCACUUGCAAUGUUUGCAAAUGGGGUUCAAUGCUCACAAAAGCUGGUCAUCACUUCAUAAAUACAUGAAUACAAACCCACAAACAGCCAGAAGUGAGGGCUCAAGAGAUGCCAAGUAUUUCCUGUGGACCAGCGAUCGGACGCCUUAUUGUCUUUUCCAUUAUCGCAUUCAACUCAUCUUCAGAUCCGAUAUAAGCACUUCAUUCCCAGAAAAGGGUCGUCUAUUCGUACAGGUCUUCGGCACCAAAGGCUCCACACAAUCGGUCGAUGCGACCAAAGACGCACAGUUGAGUGAAAGCAUUGAUUUUGUCAUAAGCUCUGCAAACAUCGGAUCUGUUGUUCGACUCGAACUCCAGUAUAAGUCGAGCCCUACUUUAGUGAUGAAUUUGAAAAACAAUAAAAAACUAAACGCACAGUUGAGUGAAAGCAUUGAUUUUGUCAUAAGCUCUGCAAACAUCGGAUCUGUUGUUCGACUCGAACUCCAGUAUAAGUCGAGCCCUACUUUAGUGAUGAAUCCGUUGAGAUGGAGAUUAAAUGAUUCAAACGAUUCCAACCAAAUCUAUUUGAUUCAAAUCACUGUCACUAAUCUCGAGACCGGCUAUAAGUAA